AUGGCUCUGAAAGGAUCCUACCCCGUGCUCCUGCUGUCCCUUGUCCUGCUGGGGGCUCGGCUGGCUCUGGCCAGCGGGCAGCAGUCGACUUCGACAAAUGACCAAUUCCUGAGGUGGCACUGGGAUAACCCGAAGACUCAAGCCACCAACAACACCGCUUACUGCCGCCUGCUGACACAUUGCCGGGGGAUAUCCAGGAGGAACAACACCUUCAUCCAUGACAGCAUCACAGCCAUCAACAGCAUCUGCACUGGGAAGCGUGAUGGGCCCGUGACAAGCCCACGUACCUUCAAAAUCACAGUCUGCAAAUUUAACCUGAAGACAGGCACUGCCACAGGGACACCCUUAUUCCACCGAAUUGUCGUCAUCUGUAAGAAAAAGCUCCCUGUGCACUUUGUGAAGAGCGUUAGGCCCACGAUCUGGGCGUAG